AUGGGCCCGUUUAGUUAUCCUUCUCAUGUUGAAGUUGAAGACCAUAUUAACGUAGGUAUUGAGGAGAACGAAGACGAACCAGCUGAAGAUACAAUAGUAAGUAAUGAGGUUGUAGAAGAAACGGCAGUAGAACCUAUAGAGGAGGAAGAUAUAAGAAGCAAUAAAGUGCACACUUUAAAGUUUGGACAACACAAUCAUCUAUAUAAAAUUCCUGCAACAGAAUAUGAACAAGAAGAAGAACUUAAGCAAAAUAUUGAUCAAGGACGAACAGAGGAAAAACCGACUAAUGAAAAAGAAAUAAUAGAGAAACUAAAGAAAAAUAAGAGCGUUGAUCAAUUAUUCUUUGACUUAAUAGAAAAUUUCAAUUUAGAGUUGUCUGAACACCAAAAUGAAGCAGCAGUAGGACUGCAAUUAAAAAAAUCAAGAGCAUUGGCUCAAACGGAGUUUGUAAACAAAAGAGAUCCAGAACUUAAAUCAACUGCGUCCAAUCUCAUGACCAAAAUAUCUUCUCCUUUAUGUGCCAACUUCUAA